ACGUGGAACGUCAGUCGGACGUCCAUGAUGGUAUCACGUUACGUAACUUCCUGUACACGCAGGGUCCGUUCGGCAAAUCGUCCGCUGUUCUGGUUCAGAAGGCCAAAUAGCGAUAUUUUGCUUCGAAGACGAGAUGGCUGCAGCAAUGCGUGUGCUUUACUCCGUGUCGAGGCCAGAGUAUGUGAAUGCCCAGGACAUCCCUACAGACAUGAAGUCCAUCACAGACCGAGCUGCUCAGACGCUGCUGUGGACAGAGCUCUUCAGAGGUCUGGGCAUGACAAUGAGCUACCUGUUCAGAGAGCCGGCCACCAUCAAUUACCCAUUUGAGAAGGGACCGCUGUCUCCGCGCUUCAGAGGAGAACACGCCCUGCGCAGGUAUCCUUCAGGAGAGGAGCGCUGCAUUGCCUGUAAGCUGUGUGAAGCUAUCUGCCCCGCCCAGGCCAUCACCAUCGAGGCAGAGACUCGUGCUGAUGGCAGCAGGAGGACGACUCGCUAUGACAUCGACAUGACCAAAUGCAUCUACUGCGGCUUCUGUCAGGAGGCGUGUCCUGUGGAUGCUAUCGUAGAGGGUCCUAACUUUGAGUUUUCCACUGAAACCCACGAAGAACUGCUCUACAACAAGGAGAAGCUGCUCAACAAUGGAGACAAGUGGGAAGCUGAGAUAGCUGCCAACAUACAAGCUGAUUACCUCUAUCGAUAGACACCACACACACAGAGUGUACAGUCAGCACACCAGCAUAACCUCUCUGACAUCCACAUACGUCCAUACUGUACAUACUGAAAGAAGACUGACUCAGCUGCGACGGAUGUGCUUCAGGGUUGGAUUUGGGUUUGCUGAUGCAUCUUUAAGUUUUGUAACAGUUCCUUUGGUGUCAGUGUCGUACUCUUCUUAUAUGUUGAAUAUACCUUUCUCUACACAUUUAUUGUAGAAUGAUGAAUACUACCAAUGCUGUCUGUGUGUUAAGUGUACAGCUGUCUCAGCACGGCCCACUCUGGGAUCAUGAGAGCCAUGUGGUUGUCUGUACAGUCCCAUUGAACUAAAACACAAGGAGGUUGAGUCAUGCUGUGACAGUAUGAGUGCUGUACACUGAUUGCAGACUUUAUCCUGGAUUGAUUCUGAUGUCCUACAGUAUACAUAGACUAUUGUUAUUAUUUUGAGUGUCAGUGCAGAGUUGUAUGGCCUUUGUGCUCUUUCUACCCUGACUCAAAAAAUUAAAUUCUGUUAGAAACA